GCUGGGGCUCAGCGGGUAGCGGAGGAGGAGGCAGCGGUGACAGCAGCAGUAGCGGUGACAGUGGUGAGGGUGUGGGUGCGGGUGAGCUGCCCCGGCCCCGGGACAUACCGCCCAGCUGCGCCAGGGUGUGCAGCGAACCCACAGCGGAGGAGCAGGACGCGUCCGAGUCCCGGCUCCGGUCCGCCUUCCCGCUGCUUGCGCUUCGGCGGGGAGAUGCGGCGGUGGUGCGGCACCGGCGCUGCGUGGCGUGUGUGGUGGUGAGCAGGCGGCUGGAGGAGCAGCCGCCGCAGGACGAGGCGACCCGCGCUCGCACCCUGCGGCUGCCCGGCAACGGAGCCGAGCAGGCGCCCGGAGAGCAAGGUGCGGUGCGCGACCCACCUGCGUCCCAUGCACCCACCACCCCCUGUGCAGGGGGUGGGGCACAUGGGAAGUACCCCCACCCCCAGUGUGCUGUGUCCCAUGCACCCCAUCCCCUGUGUCCCAUGUACCCUACCUCCCCUGCGUCCCAUGCAUGCAUGCAUGCAUGCACAGCAACAGGGCGCUUAUGAUUGGAGCCCUACUCCGCAUGGGCUAGGUUCAUGGGUCAUCACGUGCGCCCUCCCUUGUGUUCCACUGGCCACCUUUUCAUCCUCCAUCUCCUUCUCUGACCCUCUCCCUCCCUCCUCUCCCCGCGCCCUCUCUCCCUCUCCCCCGUCCCUUUCCUCCUUUCCCUCCUCUUCCCUCUUCCCUCUCCCUCUUCCCUCUCUCUCGUCCCUCUUCCCGCUCCCUCGGCCGGGUUAGCGCAGACGCUGCUGCGCAGACUCACGUGCUGGCUCAGGUGGUGUGCGCCCUCAAAGUCUUCCGCGACGGCUCCCUGAUGUGCACCAGCGUGCGAGCCGUGACGCCGCAUGACGCGCAGCACGGCGUGCCCAGUAACGCAGUCAUCCUGCAGAUGAGCGCAGUUCCGGAGGAACCGGCUGCUGCUGCUGCCGGCCCUGCUGCCGGCCCUACUGCUACGGGCCCUGCUUCUCAUGGGCAGGGGCGGCAUGAGGAGACUGCGGGGGCUGAGUCGCAAAGUCAACAAGAAGAGCAGCAGCAACAGCAACCGCAGCAGCAGCAGCAACGAGGCAGUGGUACGGCAGCAAGUGAUUUCGGUUUGGUUGUCGUACGGGGUGGUGCUAGCGGCGAGGUGUCGUACGUUUUCGAGGCCAUGACGGCGCUGUUCGGACCCGAAUUGUACGACAUGACGUCUCGCUGCUUGGCUCAUUUGCUAGCGGCGCCGGCGGAGGCAUUGUCCGGCGGCUGCGAUGGUCACCUCGUCUGCCCGUUAGAGCUGCCGCACGGCGGUUAUGGAAGGGGUGGAGUGUACGGCAGUGGCAGUGGUGGUAGUUGUCCGGCGCAUUUGCAUCGAGCCGUAAUGCAGCGGCGAAGGCAAAGGCAGCGGCGGGGGCGGGUGACCCGUGGGUCGGCUGAAGAGCAGCCGCCGGAAUGCGGCGUGAUAGGUGUCGUACCAGAGCGGAUUGAGGAACUAGCGGCAGCUAGAGCUAGUUUAGGUAGCAGUGAAGAUGUUAGGCGUACCAGCAGCAGUGGUAACAGCAGCAUCAGCGGUAACAGUGACGGGAUUCCGGGGGUUGGCAAUGUGGC